AUGGCCUACGGAGGAAGCGGUGGUAGCGGUGGUGGAGGUGCAAUGGGACCCUCAGCUGGUGGUGGAGGAGGUGGUGGAGGUGGAGCCGGUGCUGGUACGGAUGUUUUAGGGUCUACCAGCAGUGAUUAUAGUCCUCAAAGCACGCCGACACCACUCUCGGCUUCGCAUUCGUCCACUGGUGUCGAGGCCGUAGCUGUUACCAGCUAUGGUACUGGUACUACCACUGGGACUACCAGCAAUUACAGUCCCCAGGACAGUCCUGCAAGCUCUGCGGGCGGUGCUACCAAUGGACAACUUCCUACUUUUGGUUUCACCCAGGAACAAGUUGCCUGUAAAUAUCGAGUCCGUCGUAAAUUUCCAUUACCAAGAACGAUAUGGGACGGGGAAGAAACGUCUUAUUGUUUCAAGGAAAAAUCAAGGAGUAUAUUGAGGGAAUGGUACUCGACCAAUCCAUAUCCAUCGCCACGAGAAAAACGUGAAUUGGCUGAAAAUACGGGUCUAACGACAACCCAAGUUAGCAAUUGGUUUAAAAAUCGUAGGCAGAGGGACCGGGCAGCUGAACAUAGUGGUCAAAGGGAAGACAAAACUCAUGGCGGUGGGCUUGGUGAUUCCAGUAGCGAAUCAGGUGACGAAGCCAAAAGACAAUCCGUCGUUCAACAACAACAACAACAACAACCAUCAGCUUGUGCUGUUCAACAACAGCAACAACAACAGCAGCAACAGCAACAACAGCAAAUGGUUGAACACCAACAAACUUCUAGCAUGUACCAAUUACCACCACCCGCUGCGGUUUCAAGUCCUCACUCCUAUCAUCAGACUCAUGGUACUAGUCUGAGUCAUCCUCAUACACCUACCCAUCAUAUGCAACACCAUGACACCAGCAGCGAAAGCGGUGACGACAAAAGAAACCUUCAUCAUCAGUUGCAACAUCAUCUUCAGGUUGGUGCACAUGGUACCCAUGGUCUGGUUCAUCCUACGGCUACUUUACCACCGCCACCACCAAGUUGUGCUCAACAAAAGAGUCAGCUUGAUUAUAUGCAGUAUUACAGCCCUCAGGAUUACUUGAUAGGCACGCCCACCUCGGCGGAUCUGCAGAAGUCGCUUCCACACACGGCCACGUCAAUGCAGAUGGGUGCUAUAGCACCAUCGAUGGGUGGCCUAAGCCCUAUGGCACCUUCGACGAUGUUACAGAACACGAUGCAGGGAGUCAACACCAUGAAUACCAUGUCGAUGAAUGGUAUGGGAAUGGGAGCCUAUCAGGGAAUGGGUUCGAUGGGGAUGACUACUUCACACGCGGGUUACCACAGUGGACUCGUAUUAGGCGAUUAUCAUUCGUUGUGACCUUGGGCUCCUAAUGGUCAGAGUAAAAGGAAUCCCGAAAAAACUUAAAGGAUUAAACUAUUAUUAUUAAAACAACUAGUUUUUCCCCUUAAACUUCUCAUCUCGUCGUCGAUUUGUGUCUCAGCCACAUAAUAAUAAUAAUAAUAAUAAUAAU